GAUGAUCAUGAAAGCCAACAUACUGUUGUCCAUAUCUCACCAGCUGGAAAUACAUGCAAUGUACUGGAACCUAAUCAUACUGAUGUGGAUAGUAAGCGUUAUUGAAGCUGUGCUUGAACAUGCUGAAGCUUACUGCGAAGUAUGGACCUAUAUUUACUGUCUGGAUUGGAUCAAAACCAAUGGUUGCACUCUGUGGAUAUGAAGUGGUAAAAGAGGCUUUGCUAGAUCAUGCGGAAGAGUUUGGUGGGCGAACUGAAACGCCCGUGAAUAGGCGGUUGUUCCAAAAUAAAGGUCUGACCACUGGUGAUGAGAAGAAAUGGAGGGAGCUGCGACGGUUCACACUGUCCACCUUGCGAGAUUUUGGGAUGGGGAAGAAAAGGAUGNNUGAGAGGGUGCAGGAGGAAGCCCUUUGUCUAGCGGAGGAAAUGGCUACCACAAAAGGGCAGCCUUUUGACCCAAGAAGAAGGCUUACCAGUGCUGUUUCCAAUGUGAUCUGCGCAGUCGUCUUUGGCAAUCGAUUUGAUUACAAAGAUCAAACCUUCAUAGAGAACCUGCAGAUUAUAGAGUCUCAAAUAGGAUUCUUUAAUAGUUUCCUAGGACUGGAUCAGAAAUCAUCUGAGGUUAUCUACACUCCCGAAGAGCUUGUGAUUACUGUGUUUGGACUCUUUGUUGCUGGGACAAUAACCACAAGCCAGGCCUUGCUCUGCAGCCUCCUAGCAAUGGCCAAUUUGCCAAAUGUUCAAGCUAAGGUGCAACAGGAGAUCGAUGAGGUGGUGGGUGAAUAUCGCACUCCAAGCAUGGAAGACCGGUUGAAGAUGCCUUUCACAAAUGCAGUUGUCCAUGAGUUUCAACGGUAUCAGAAAGGGAGCCUUGAGACCUUUCCUCGGGCAACAACUUGUGACACAAAAUUCCAUGGUUACAACAUUCCCAAGUAUGUGGCUGUUGUGCCAGUCCUCACGUCUGUACAUUUUGAUCCUCUCUAUUGGGAGACUCCAGAGAAGUUUGACCCAGAUCAUUUCUUGGAUGAAAAAGGCCAGUUCAGGAAAAGAGAUGCUUUCAUGCCAUUCUCAGCAGGGAAGCGGGCCU